GCAGAGCUGGCCAGACCCAGGAAGGAUCCCGACCUGCUGGACACAGUAUGAGUGUCCCACAUCUGGAAAAUCUGACUGGUGUGACGCUGCUGCUGACAGUGAGUUAAGGCAAAGCAACUAAUUAUUCUUACAACUCUUUUUGUUUUGGAGACCUGUGCUGACAGUGAUUAAGAGACUGUUCGUCUGUGAAAAUGGAAGAAACAAAAAAGCUUUCCCCAAAGCUGAGUAAAAGCAAAGAUCCUGUGAAAACAGAAUGGGGAUCUCAGAGUGUGGUGUUCACAUAUUUCCAAGGGGACAUUAACAGCAUGGUAGAUGAACAUUUUUCUAGAGCUCUCAGCAAUGCCAAGAACCCCCAAGAUCUGAGCACAAAACACAAGGACAGCAUGUCUCCGCAUCAGUGGAAUUUCUCUUCGCAUUGUUACAAACCAUAUCCAUCAUCUUCUUCAACAAGCAUGGCAAAUUCUGCUCUGAAUUUUUCUGCUGCUGGUGUGGUAGGCCAGUGCCAGCCAUCAUCUCUGCGGAGUCGUCCAGCUCAGCCUGCAGACUUAUGGCCCUUCCCUCCAGCUGGGACUCCCAGUGUCACCGGUUCAGUGUAUCCUCACACCCUCCCUGACCUGCAUGCUGCCGAUGAGCUGAUCUCUGACAGGAAAUACAGUUCUCUUCUUGGCCUUCUGCAACAGGAAAGAUGCUUAACAUCCAUGCAAGAAUGCACCAUGAAGCAACACUCAAGUUCUUCUUGUAUGACUGGAUCUGCGAGGUUACAAAAUAUGAGUCAAAGUUCAGCUUCUGGCGGAGAGAGGAAAGCAAGCUCUUACCAAGGUUCAGAAAAUCCCAGUGUAAGCCAUGCCACUGCAGGUAUUCAGAUUCAUGACAGAAGACGAGAUUUGUACUUCUAGCAACUGAAUGUUUCUACUUUGUUCUGAAAGAGAAAAUUAUUUCUGUGAACUUUUAUUAUUUACGACUGUGAAUCAAGAAGAAAUGAACUGCAGCUGUCCUGUGUUUUUUCUCUCAGCUGGAAGAAUACAUGUACUAGUUACUGUUUGGGGAAUGACAAAACAAUCCUUUUCUAUACAGUAAACAAUUUCUUAUGUUUGUGGUA